CAGUCGCAGUCCGCAGUUCGCAGUCCGCUCGCCAUUUUGGCCCGUUCAGAAUAUUCGUAAGGCCGCUGGCACUCGCAGUCGCAGUCGCAUGCUGAGAGGAAAUAGGCGCGCUACAGAUUGCGAUUCUACGGAUUCGGAUUCGGAUUCGGAUUCUUAGAGUGGAGCACCCCCGCCCGCAAAAGAAAUAUAACUGGGGUUCCAGGAGGCAAAACAUCGAACAACAAUAUCUGAAUUAGUGGAAGCAGAGCUAAAUAACCAACCAACCACUUGGCCGAAACCAACUAAAAAUAAUUUAAAGCCCAAGAAAUGUUAAAAAUAAAACCAAAAGAAAUCAACGAAUAUUUUUUUCGGCGGCAACACAAGGCGGCGGCAGCCGUGGCCGUAAGGGCAAAAAAUAUGAACAGAAUUAAGAGGCAGCCGCUUGGAGCUAGAAGAAAAACCAAUCAGCGUGGAGGAGCAAAUACGAUUUUUUUACACAAAAAAAUAGAAGAAAAAUAGAAGCCGCACAGCAGCAGCAGCAGUAAAUAGCCAGAAAUUGUCGUCGUCGUCUGUCGUCCAGCCGAGGUAGCCUCCAUCAGCAGAGCGGCGGAAAAGCGGCGGAAAAUCAACGGAAAAGCGAGGCCAUCAAGAGCGUGUGGGCGGCGUUGGCUGGCAAGGACAGCCGUUGGUCUUUGACGUUGAGAGCCGAAAGCCGAAAGCUGAAAGCUGAACGCUGCAAACUGAACGCUGCAAACUGAGCACUGAAAACUGAAAACUGAGGCAGCUGUAGCGGUAGCGGCGACGUUGUCGUGGCCACACGGUCGUCCACGGGCCACUUUCGCGAAUCAAUUUCCGUUGCGGUGGCCGUUUCAGUUUUGGUUUCAACGUCGCCGGCGCUACGCGUGUCGUGAAUUUCCAAUGGCGGUCCUCCACCCAACGGGUGUAUCAAUUUAGAAGUGCGAAGAGAUAAUACACACCUACGCCAAAACAGUGUUAACCAAAAUAAAGAGAGAGAGUGAGCUAUCAAGCCAAAGAAGUAAUAUUAAUAGGCAAAAAUUAAACAAGACACCGGGACUCGAUGUUGUUGUGCCCCCAAUCCGAACUUGGCCCGGAGCCACCGCCAAGGCAUCGCAGCAGUGCGGCCAGGAUACGCAAAAGAGCGAAAUGCUGCUGCGGCAGCCAGGAGGAACAGAAGGUGGAGCAGGCGGAGCAGGAGGAGGAGCAGUCGGGAGUUAGCCCCAGCCAUAGCCCCAUCCCUAGUUAUAGCCAAAGUCUGACGAGCCUGGCGAGGAUCACGGCGGGCCUGGCCGCGGCGGCCAUGCUGCACACAACGAACGCCCUGGCCACCGGCUCAUCCACAUCCUUAUCCCCAUCCUCCGCCGGAACAGCACUGCCAUCCUCGCUGGGCACUGCCACGCCCACCACACACGAACUGAAUGCCACCCAGCUGGGCGGCACGUUGGGUCUGAAUCUCAGCGAGAGCGGCGGUGCAGGUUCGAAUGGCCUCCACACCCACGCCGCCGACGAGGAUUGGCUGGACAACAUCGUCUGGGUGUUCAAGGCCUUCGUCAUGCUGCUCAUCAUCAUUGCGGCCAUCUGCGGCAAUCUGCUUGUUAUUAUUUCUGUGAUGCGUGUUAGAAAAUUAAGAGUUAUAACGAAUUACUUUGUAGUUUCCUUAGCCAUGGCUGAUAUAAUGGUCGCUAUUAUGGCCAUGACAUUUAACUUUAGUGUGCAAGUAACUGGGAGGUGGUCGGUUCAGCCCUUCCUGUGCGAUUUGUGGAACAGCCUCGAUGUGUACUUCUCAACAGCGAGUAUUUUGCAUUUAUGCUGCAUAUCCGUGGAUAGAUACUAUGCGAUUGUUAAGCCGCUGAAGUAUCCGAUUAGCAUGACGAAACGCGUGGUCGGCAUUAUGCUGCUGAACACGUGGAUAUCGCCGGCACUGCUCUCGUUCUUGCCCAUCUUCAUCGGCUGGUACACCACCCCGGCGCACAAGCUCUUCGUCCUGGAGCACCCGGAUCAGUGCUCCUUCGUGGUGAACAAGUACUACGCCGUCAUCUCGAGCUCCAUUUCGUUCUGGAUCCCCUGCACCAUCAUGAUAUUCACCUACCUGGCCAUCUUCCGCGAGGCCAACCGCCAGGAGAAGCAGCUGAUGAUGCGCCACGGCAACGCGAUGCUGAUGCACCGCCCCUCCAUGCAGCCCUCGGGCGAGGCGCUGAGCGGAUCCGGGUCGUCGAAAACAUUGACGCUGCACGAGGUCGAGCAGGAGCACACGCCCACUAAGGACAAGCACUUAAUCAAAAUGAAGCGGGAGCACAAGGCCGCCCGCACGCUGGGCAUCAUCAUGGGCACCUUCAUCCUCUGCUGGCUGCCAUUCUUCCUGUGGUACACGCUCUCCAUGACCUGCGAGGUUUGCCAGGUGCCGGACAUCGUCGUGUCGAUCCUGUUCUGGAUCGGGUACUUCAACUCGACGCUGAACCCGCUGAUCUACGCGUACUUCAACCGCGACUUCCGGGAGGCGUUCCGCAACACGCUGCUCUGCCUGUUCUGCAACUGGUGGAAGGACCGCCACCUGCCGCUGGACAUCGACAUCCGGCGCUCCAGCCUGCGCUACGACCAGCGGGCGAAGAGCGUCUACUCGGAGAGCUACCUCAACUCGACGACGCCCUCGCACCGCCGCCAGUCGCAGAUGGUGGACAACUUAUAAUACAGGGACGAGGCGCUGCUGACCCCCAUCGCCCAGCAGCAGCAGCGGCUGGCGGCUGGCGGCUCCCGCCUGGGCGGACAACUGGCAGUGGCCAACAGCGAUCCGCAUCCGAAUCCCAAUCCGAGCAGGCCCAAGUCCAAGGCUGUGGACCACCUGGCUGGCGAGGGCGACGAUGUGCAGGAGAUCCAGAUCGAAAUACCCAUGGAGUACAUCAACAAAUGGAACAAGAACAACAAUGCUGCCGCCUCGACGGCCUCCAGUCAUGUGUAAAGUGGAUGCAGCACGGCAAUGGGAAAUGGGAUUGGGGAUGGGGGAGUGGGAAUCAAUCGAUGGCAGGGGCAGCCGGGGGAGGAAUCAAUUUAAUGCAAUUAAAAUGUUCCAUUAAUUUGUAAAAUUAAUAUGCCGGCUCAUGCGUCGGCUGAUUUACUCGUAAUGUUGACAUUAAUCAAUCAUGCGUUGGAGCGUGCCAUUUCACUUGGCCGCCACUGUGCACUUCUCAGUUUUGUUUUCAUACGUUUUUUUUCUCAGUUUCCUUGAAGCACAGUUCGGCGUCCUAUAGAUGGGAUAACUUAUUUAUUUAUGAUUUCGUGUCGUUUAAAUCUUGUUGUAAAUACUGAGUAUUUUUGUACGACUAAAUUAAGCACAGGUUGUAAAAUCGUUUAUAUAUAUAUAUAUGUAUGUACGCCAAUUGAAAAUCUGUAAGCCGUAAAGCAUUUUGCUCACGAAAAGAAAUAACCAAAAAUAAAUUAAUUGAAAAGGCAAUCACUGCAACUCACGGAGCUAUGCUAUGUGUACAUAGGGAUUCGCUAAAAAACAAAGAGCUAGAGCUAAAACUGUGCCAAUUAAGAGAUCGAAAAUUAUAGAGAAGAGUUUUCCCCAGCGCGAAAAAUCAACCACACCCCAACGCUAUUAAAGUCAGAGAAAUUUAGAAAAGAAACCCAACAAAUUGAAAUUCACGGAAGCUAAAGCAAAGCUAAAACAAAGCUAAAACCCAAUUGUUAUUUGAACGACAAUCGCAUGAAUUGAAAAUGCUCAAAACCUAAAGUAAACCUUAAAACGUAUAUCAAGUAAACAUAGCGAAAAUAUAUAGUCAAGUCAAUAUAGGAUCCAGGCGUUCGGUCGAAACCAAAGCUAAAGCCCACAUAAAUUAACCAAAACAUAUAGUGCAUCGAUAUCGGACUAACCAAAUUACGUGUGCGUGUGUGCGUGUUUGUUUGUUUGUGUAGUGCGGGAAUUGAAUUCCAAGACCGUUUCCGUUUCCGUUUCAAAAAGUCAAGUGCUAAGUGCGACAUACAAUAGGUAAUUGCGUUGCAGUUCCUGGAAUUAAGUUGACUGUGUAGCCUGUGAGGGCAAGGCUUGAGUACUGCUUCCGAAGUCAGCAACUUGAUUCCAGCAAUUGCGGCCCGAUAUUCCGCAACAAAGAAAGCCCGUGAAAAGCCCAAGGAGUACCGGAACCCCACUGAAUUUCGACUAUGAAAAGCAUUGGAAAUGCAAAUAAGGCGUAUACAGCAAAUAAGCAGACAAAGCAUUUUGUGUUUCUUUGUAUAAAUAACUAACGACCCCAUAAAAUGUUAGCAACAGUUUGCGAAACUUACCGAUUUAUGAUUUUCUCUUAAUCCGCAAGCCAAGCACAAAGUCAAGAACAUUUGUUGAGUAAAUAGAUUCAUAAAAAGCCGUAGAAACUUUUCGUUGGUGAUUUUCCGAGCUAGUCUGAAGUAAAAGAGAAACAAUACGGUUGCCACGAUGGAAUAAAAUGGAUUAGGAGCCAAAGCUCAGUAUGUACCAUAUAAAGUGUGUAUAAAUAGGUGUCUAAAUAAAUGUUAUAUUUAUAGUAAGUAUUUAUUACAUGACUUUCCUUAAAAAGAUGAAGUAAAACGACAGGCAAAUCCCCAAAGAACUUGUUAUAUUUUUAUAAACUACAGAACCCGAAACCAACAAUGUAUGUGUAAUUCAAGUUUGUAUAUUGACAUGUCUGUGUAAACGUGUGUGCGAGUUAUUUAUUAUUAUUAUUAUUAUUAUUCUUACUGACAACCGAACUUUCUGUUGCAUUGUUUUGCGUUUUGCUGUGCAAUUACCCAUGCAAAACCAAAUAGGAUCCUAACAUUAAGCCCCGAGUGGGGAGACACGUAAACGGCAAACUAAGCUACUAACUAAGUGAAUACGAAAUUCAGAUGUAUUAUAGAGCAACAUAACGAACUUCAAGUUGGAAAACAAGCAGAAAAGCAAAAUAAAUUUAAAAACUACAAAUAUAGCCAAA